CGGCGCCGCUCGCGCAUGGGGCGGCGCCGCGCCGUGAUUCGCCAUACUUGCACAAGAGCUCCCGAGCAGCGCAACGCACUUACUGCAGAGGCACCUGGUAGCGCUACUACUAUUUUUUAAAACGUAAGUCAUGGCUGAGGAUGACUUGACCCCGGAGCAGCUAGCAGCCAUCGCAGCAGAGAAUGAGGAGCCCGAGCCCGUCAACUACAGGCCGCCAGCGCAGAAGUCUGUGAAGGAGAUCCACGAGCUGGAUAAGGAUGACGAAAGCUUACGCAAAUAUAAAGAAGCUCUGCUGGGUCCUGGCAUCGCUGCGGAGGAUCCCACUGUUCCCAAUGUCCAGGUGACACGAAUGUCUCUGAUCUGCGAGGCCGCCCCCAACCCCCUGGUGCUGGACCUGCAAGGAGACCUGGAAGCCUUUAAGAAGCAGGCGUUUGUGCUGAAGGAGGGAGUAGAAUACAAGAUAAAGAUCAGCUUUAAGGUAAACAGGGAGAUUGUUUCGGGUCUGAAGUACGUGCAGGAAACGUACAGGAAAGGAAUGAAAAUUGACAAGUCGGACUACAUGGUGGGCAGCUACGGGCCCCGCGCCCCCGAGUACGACUUCCUGACCACGGUGGAGGAGGCUCCCAAGGGCCUGCUGGCCCGCGGAAAUUACCUCAUCAAGUCCAAGUUCACCGACGACGACAAGCACAACCACCUGUCCUGGGAGUGGAACCUCAACAUCAAGAAGGACUGGAACGAUUAAGAGGCCUUUGUGUUUGCAGAGGGGGGGUGUGCGGUCAGGGGGGGCCGCCCCGCCGCCCCCUCCCUCUCCUCACCCCCACCCCCCCGCACUGUAUCCACCGUCUCUGCCUUCUCUGUUUUUACUUUGCAGUGCAUUUCAUG